CAGUGACGCGGCAGUCGCCGCACCUGCGCGGCGGGGCGGGAAGGAGGCUCCGAGUGCCGGGGGAACGGAGUCUACGACUCCGGAGGGAAGUUGGGGAAGCAGGGAGAGAGAGAGAGAGAGAGAAGGGAGGAAGAGACGGGUGGAGGGGCGGUCCUUGCCGGAGGGGCGGUCUUUGCCGGAGGUUCCAAGGUCCUUCACUUCCUGUUUGCCGGCACUUCAAAAUCCGGGUCAAAGGGUGUCGCUUCGGUCUCUUUUACCCGGCUGAUCCCAGCACCCUCCGUGACAGCGACUCCUGACUCAGCCGACAGCCGGCUUCUUCUCACGAUCUGCUGAAGCCUGGACGCCCACACCUGACCCGGAACUUGGAGGCGCGCUUCCUCCACCCACCGGCUAGCAGCCCCGGGCCCUGAGCGCCCGCCGACGCCGCCGGGGGUCCCGACAGGCCUCUCCACGCUGAUGCUGAGAGGGAUCGAGGGCCCGGGGCGGCGGCGGAGUACGGGCCUCUGGCGCCUUAGGCCAGCCGCAGGUGUCGGUUCUUACGCUCUCCAGGCUCGCCAGCUCUCGCCCCAGCGUGGAUGGGUCUCCCUGCCCCAUAAAUGUGGCUGCUGAGGCGGCGGUGGCGGUGGCCCGUCACGCUGCUGCUGCGGCGCUCCAAGUUCACCUCCGCCCCGGGGCUCUCCUGCCCCACCUCGGGGCUGCCGCCACCCGCUCCUUAUCCUCUGGCCCUGGCCUUGCUGCGUGGCGACAAUGGACAAGAUCCUGGAGGGCCUUGUGAGUUCUUCGCAUCCCCUGCCCCUCAAGAGGGUGAUUGUGCGGAAGGUGGUGGAAUCGGCGGAGCACUGGCUAGACGAGGCGCAGUGCGAGGCCAUGUUUGACCUGACGACCCGGCUCAUCCUGGAGGGCCAGGACCCUUUCCAGCGGCAGGUGGGGCACCAGGUGCUGGAGGCCUACGCACGAUACCACCGGCCAGAGUUCGAGUCCUUCUUCAACAAGACCUUCGUGUUGGGCCUCCUUCAUCAGGGCUACCACUCUCUGGACAGGAAGGAUGUAGCCAUCCUUGACUACAUUCAUAACGGCCUGAAGCUGAUUAUGAGCUGUCCGUCGGUGCUGGAUCUUUUCAGCCUCCUGCAGGUAGAGGUGUUACGGAUGGUGUGUGAGAGACCGGAGCCGCAGCUCUGUGCCCGACUGAGCGACCUUCUGACCGACUUCGUGCAAUGCAUCCCCAAGGGGAAAUUGUCCAUCACGUUCUGUCAACAGCUGGUUCGAACGAUAGGCCACUUCCAGUGCGUGUCCACCCAGGAGAGGGAGCUGCGGGAAUAUGUCUCCCAGGUGACAAAAGUGAGUAACUUGCUGCAGAACAUCUGGAAGGCUGAGCCUACCACACUGCUGCCUUCUCUGCAGGAAGUUUUUGCAAGCAUCUCUUCCACAGAUGCAUCAUUUGAACCUUCUGUAGCAUUGGCAAGCCUUGUGCAGCAUAUUCCUCUUCAGAUGAUUACAGUUCUCAUCAGGAGCCUUACUACAGAUCCAAAUGUAAAAGAUGCAAGUAUGACCCAAGCCCUUUGCAGAAUGAUUGACUGGCUAUCCUGGCCAUUGGCUCAGCAUGUGGAUACAUGGGUAAUUGCACUCCUGAAAGGACUGGCAGCUGUCCAGAAGUUUACUAUUUUGAUAGAUGUUACUUUGCUGAAAAUAGAACUGGUUUUUAAUCGACUUUGGUUUCCUCUUGUGAGACCUGGUGCUCUUGCAGUUCUUUCUCAUAUGCUGCUUAGCUUUCAGCAUUCUCCAGAGGCGUUCCAUUUGAUUGUUCCUCAUGUGGUUAAUUUGGUUCAUUCUUUCAAAAAUGAUGGUCUGCCUUCCAGUACAGCCUUCUUAGUACAAUUAACAGAAUUGAUACACUGUAUGAUGUAUCAUUAUUCUGGAUUUCCAGAUCUCUAUGAAACUAUUCUGGAAGCAAUAAAGGAUUUUCCUAAGCCCAGUGAAGAGAAGAUUAAGUUAAUUCUCAAUCAAAGUGCCUGGACUUCUCAAUCCAAUUCUUUGGCGUCUUGCUUGUCUAGACUUUCUGGAAAAUCUGAAACUGGGAAAACAGGUCUUAUUAACCUAGGAAAUACAUGUUAUAUGAACAGUGUUAUACAAGCCUUGUUUAUGGCCACAGAUUUCAGGAGACAAGUAUUAUCUUUAAAUCUAAAUGGGUGCAAUUCAUUAAUGAAAAAAUUACAGCAUCUUUUUGCCUUUCUGGCUCAUACGCAGAGGGAAGCAUAUGCACCUCGGAUAUUCUUUGAGGCUUCCAGACCUCCAUGGUUUACUCCCAGAUCACAGCAAGACUGUUCUGAAUACCUCAGAUUUCUCCUUGACAGGCUCCAUGAAGAAGAAAAGAUCUUGAAAGUUCAGUCCUCACACAAGCCUUCUGAAAUUCUGGAAUGCAAUGAAACUUCUUUACAGGAAGUAGCUAGUAAAGCAGCAGUACUAACAGAGACCCCUCGUACAACUGACAGUGAGAAGACUUUAAUAGAAAAAAUGUUUGGAGGAAAAUUACGAACUCACAUAUGUUGUUUGAACUGCAGGAGUACCUCACAAAAAGUGGAAGCCUUUACGGAUCUUUCGCUUGCCUUUUGUCCUUCCUCUUCUUUGGAAAACAUGUCUUUCCAAGAUCCAGCAUCAUCACCCAGUACACAAGAUGGUGGUCUAAUGCAAGCCGCUGUACCCAGUCCUUCACAAGAACCAGUAGUUUAUAAUCCAACAACAGCUGCCUUCAUCUGUGACUCAGUUGUGAAUGAAAGAACCAUAGGCAGUCCUCCUAAUGAGUUUUACUGUUCUGAAAACACUUCUGUCCCUAACGAAUCUAACAGGAUUCUUGUUAAUAAAGAUGUACCUCAGAAACCAGGAGGUGAAACCACACCUUCAGUAACUGACUUACUAAAUUAUUUUUUGGCUCCAGAGAUUCUUACUGGUGAUAACCAAUAUUAUUGUGAAAACUGUGCCUCUCUGCAGAAUGCUGAGAAAACUAUGCAAAUCACAGAGGAACCUGAAUACCUUAUUCUUACUCUCCUGAGAUUUUCAUAUGAUCAGAAGUAUCAUGUGAGAAGGAAAAUUUUAGACAAUGUAUCACUGCCACUGGUUUUGGAGUUGCCAGUUAAAAGAACUACUUCUUACUCUUCAUUGUCAGAAAGUUGGUCUGUAGAUGUUGACUUCACUGAUCUUAGUGAGAACCUUGCUAAAAAAUUAAAGCCUUCAGGGACUGAUGAAGCUUCCUGCACAAAAUUGGUGCCCUAUGUAUUAAGUUCUGUUGUGGUUCACUCUGGUAUAUCCUCUGAAAGUGGGCAUUACUAUUCUUAUGCCAGAAAUAUCACAGGUACAGAGUCUUCAUAUCAGAUAUACCACCAGUCUGAGGCUCUGGCAUUAGCAUCCUCCCAGAGUCAUUUACUAGGGAGAGAGUGUCCCAGUGCAGUUCUUGAACAGGAUUUGGAAAAUAAGGAAAUGUCAAAAGAAUGGUUUUUAUUUAAUGAUAGUAGAGUGACAUUUACUUCAUUUCAGUCAGUCCAGAAAAUUACAAGUAGGUUUCCAAAGGACACAGCUUAUGUGCUUUUGUAUAAAAAACAGCAUAGUACUAAUGGUUUAAGUGGUAAUAACCCAACCAGUGGACUCUGGAUAAAUGGAGACCCACCUCUGCAGAAAGAACUUAUGGAUGCUAUAACAAAAGACAAUAAACUGUAUUUACAGGAACAAGAGUUGAAUGCUCGAGCCCGGGCCCUACAAGCUGCAUCUGCUUCAUGUUCAUUUCGGCCCAAUGGAUUUGAUGACAAUGACCCACCAGGAAGCUGUGGACCAACUGGUGGAGGGGGUGGAGGAGGAUUUAAUACAGUUGGCAGACUCGUAUUUUGAUCCUGAGAGAGUCCAAAAUGCACUGGUCACGAAACAUCUACUACUAUGACUGUUAAAAUGUCACAGACUAUAACAAAUAUCUAUCUUUUAUUUUUCAUUAGACCCUUAUACUUCAAGAGAACACAUUCAGUGCUUGUUUUUAUUUUCUUGACACAUUUAUUAACAAAAUGCAUCAUGGAAAAAAAAUCUACCUCUUAAAAUUCCAUUUGCUUUUAUGGUUAGACAUGCUUGACCAAAAAUGUUCAGAAGAAAAUAUGUACCUGGUCCCUAAUUAAGCUGCAUUAAAUUUGGUAGAAGCAUUUAAAUGGUCUAUCUUCAGUUUUACUGAACAAAAAAUGUAAUUUAUUUAGCAUUCUUUAUAAAAGAAUUAAUGCUAGAGGUAAAAAAAAAAAAAAAAUACUUGUUUUUAAAAAAUCCUUUACGUCUUGUGUAAUUAUCCCAUUAUUAAAUUCAAGUCUUUAAAAAUCAACUGGAGAUGAUAGUCUCUAAGGAAGGCAAUAACAAAAUUUAUCAAGAUAUAGUACUUUUCAGUUUUUGUGUAGUGUCUUCAGCAUCACUGUAUCUGUAUUUCAAGUACAAAUGUUUUUAAAAAGGAUUCUUUAUACAUAUGUGCUGAAUUGAUUUUAAGAAAGUUGCAUGAUCCUGUAAGAGCAACAUUUUUACCUAAAAAAUGCUAACUUUGUAGUAUUUCUAAUUGUUCAAGGAUUUUAAAAUUCUAUUUCAGGGAGUAUAUCUUCUGUGUGUUUUGAAGGAGGUGAGUUCUGUAUGUGCCUUGCAGUACUGUAAUUCAAAAAUAGGAAUCUUUGGCUGCGAAAUGUUUUUUUGUUUUUUUUUUUUUUAAAUGAAAUGUUAGGAAGUAAUUUUUGUGCUAACAUUAAAAUUAUAACUUUUUGAAAGGUAAUAGAUUUUCCAGAAGUAAAAUCUGAUGGUUCUAAAUCAAUCAAUGUGAUAGUUCAUUUUUAACUCUUAGAAGAAUUCAGAGGAAAUGAACCCAGCUAAGUAUAAAAUCUUUCUUGAUUUUGUUACUUAUUCCUCAGAAUAUUAAACAUUGAUCACAUAUUUUUAGAGUUGUACAUUUGAGUUUUUUGUUUGUUUCAGUCAUAUGUUUUGCACCGUUGUUUCUGUUUUCAUAGUUCUAGAUAAAAUGUUAAAAUGCCAAACCCUACCUUCCUACACUUUCUUUUGCCAGGAAACUGGAAACAUGUCAGUUCUCCUGGUUCUUGAUUAUACAGUACUCAAGAGUUAUCCCAGUUAUCCCCCUUCCUAAAGGUUUUAACUUAUCCACAGUUGUUCAUUGUUCUCAAGAUUGGUCUCAUAUUUAUUUUGAAAACAUUUUAAGGAAAAGAAUGUUCUUCGAUGAUUUGGGGUUUAUCUUUUUCCCAAGCUUUUAUGGCAGUGGUUAAAAAAACAGAAAUCCUCAUGUUUAUUCCACUACCUCCCAUUCCUAACCUGUUUCCAGUCACCAGGAAGAUUAGGAAGGCGGAUUAGAUUAAAAACUGAAAAUUCUUUGCAGAUUUAAUCAAGGUUCUCCUCCUUAUAAAUGAAUGAACCAGUUA